AUGACGGUGACGAAACCGACACCUGUUGGCCAAAAGGCAUUCCUUUGGCUGUUGAUGCUCACGGGGAUGGCGUUGGUGGUGGUGGCUGCUGGUUCGGCCAACGACAUCGAUCAUCCCAAGUGGGUAUCUUUUGCCAACAACAACAAUAGACAGCUCCCGGGACGCUAUAUAAUUGAAUUCAGCGACGACUACAUGGGCACAACAGAGCAAUUUUUAGAUGAAGUCGAACGUGAACAUCAAUCAUUUCGAUGGACGAUGGCACAUGACUAUCAUUCAAAUCAUCAACCUGAUAGCAUCUUUCGGGGAAUUUCAAUUCAUAUGGAGGAACAACCCGGCAUUCGUGCAGCCAAUACAGCAACAAUGUCUGAACAUCAAGUGAUGCGACAUGUCAUGGAGAAGCAUCUUGUCAAACGCGUCUUUCCUGUGUUUGAAGUACCAAGACCCAAGCUCCAUCGCCAUAACAUCAUUCGUGCCCAAGAACUCGAUAUCUCACCAGAGGUAUCAGGACUGCCAUUUUCACAUGCCAUGACACAAGUCAAUCGGGUUCACUCAGAGUUGGGUCUUGAUGGUGAAGGUGUUUUAGUUGGCAUCAUCGAUACCGGUGUGGAUUACAAUCAUCCAAGCUUGGGAGGAGGCUUUGGACCAGGUUAUAAGGUUGCAAAAGGAUACGAUCUUGUUGGCGAUAAUCUCGAUGCCAAAAACCCCAACUCUUUACAUCCAGGGAAGACGCCACUCGACACAUGUGCAGGACAUGGUACUCAUGUUGCCGGCAUUAUUGCUGCAGAAGACAAGAAAUACAAUUUCACUGGUGUCGCUCCGAAAGCGACAUUGGGCAUGUGGAGAAUCUUUGGUUGCCAUGGAUCAACAAGCACAGACUUGGUGAUCAAAGGAAUGAUCAUGGCAUAUGAAGCAGGUUGUAACGUGAUCAAUCUCAGUUUGGGUGGUCCCAACAGCUGGCCUGAAGAUCCAUCAUCUGUAGUAGCUGAUCGCAUUUCUAGUCGCAAUGUAACAGUGGUCGUGGCAGCAGGAAACGAAGGAUCAAGUGGCAUUUACAUGAUCUCCUCGCCAAGCACGGGCUUUGAUACCAUUUCUGUUGCUUCAAUUGACAAUGAAUACAGCUUGCACCCCAAUGUGUAUGCUGACAAUGGCAACCAUUUUCCGUACGCACUUGGUAGCACCACCAAAAGUUUUCCUAAUGGAACAUUGGUUGCCUAUAGCAACACUAGUAACAAUGACCAUGAUGCAUGUGAAGGAACGGAACCGGAAAAUGAGAUUGGAGGUGCCAUUGUUCUUGUGAAGCGUGGUACAUGCCAAUUUGAUGAAAAGGCGGGCAUUGUCGCCAAACAUGGGGCGAUUGGUAUGCUUCUGUAUGACAGCCAAGGCGAGGAUACUUUUGUGCCAUCCACUGAAACUGCUACAAUCCCCGUGGCAGCCGUAUCAUACAAGGCUGGAUUAUCGCUGCUGGAUGAUUUAAAGGCGCAACCUCUCAAUUUGACUUUUAACUUGGAGUUGUCAAAGGUGCCUGUUAGCACAGCGGGUCGAGUAUCACGAUUUUCAAGUCUUGGUCCUACCAGUGAAAUGGAUGUUAAGCCUGACAUUGCAGGUGUUGGUGGCUAUGUGUUUUCAACAUUACCAUUAUCACAAGGUGGCUAUGGUACAUUAUCAGGAACGUCUAUGGCUUCUCCCUAUAUAGCUGGUGUGAGCGCUUUAUAUAAGCAAGCACAUGGCUUGAAUACCAGCUCGGUUGUUCUUCGUCAGCAGCUACAAAGCUAUGCCAAAAUGACACCUGUAGAAAGUGGGGAGCAUAAUAAUCCUAUUCGUCAAGGCUCCGGACUUGUUCAAGCCUAUGAUGCUAUCCAAGGCCGCCUUUUCUUGGAUCCUGCAAAAUUUAGUUUCAAUGACACUAUUCGUCGCACACCAAAAACGUUAACGGUGACCAAUAAGCAUGAUAGACCUGUGAGCUAUGUAUUGAAGAAUGUGCCAGGUGUUGCCGUAAUGCCAUACAACGUGAGCAAGCAAGGAUACGCACCUCUUCAACCUGCACAAGACAAUGCCGAUAUUACAGCUACGCUUUCAUUUGACGUGGAUACGAUUUCAUUGGCACCUGGUGAAUCGCGUGAAAUACAGCUAUCAGUGGAUAGCGUGAAUGGAGAUAUGAUCAGCAGUUUGCCAUACCCAAUAUUUGGUGGUUCAGUGCAAUUGGUGGAUGCCUCUUCUGGUCACGUGCAUGCCCAUGUACCUUAUGCAGGUGUGGAAGGUAACGUGACGCAGCUUCCAAUCUUUGGAUAUGGUUUCCCAUUUUUGGCCGAUGCAAGUCAGUUAAAACAAGGAGGAUUGUCGCUUGGCAACAGCCCACUUGAUAAGUUUGUGUUGGAUCGUACAGCUCCACCUACAUCAGCCAAUGCAUCUGUUUAUGUGCUAUCGCGAUUCAUUACUGGAACAGCGCAUAUGGUAGCCGAGGUUGUGGAUGAAAAUGAUCGUGUACUUGGCACAGCGUAUCAAGCCAAUUACCUUGAACGCAACAUUAUAGGUGAAAAAGGUUUUGUCAAUAUCAACAGAUGGAAUGGGUCUUAUGUGCCAAAGGGAUUUGAGACCGAAGACAGGUUUGUGCCUGUUAUGCAAGGCACGUACCAUUUAAGAUGGCGAGCUCUUAAGAUGUUUGCCGAUCCCAGUCUUCCAGAUAGCUGGGAGCAAGUAACCUCCCCUCAAAUUCUAGUCAGCUGA